AUGAUUUUUUAUGUAAACCCCAGCAUUCGUUCUCCAGUACAAUGUAACUGUUGCUUACGUUACAGACACACGCAAAUCGAUCCAAGAUGCUGUCAUUGCGGUGGCUCCAAACAUUCUAUCACAGAAUGCCCGACCGUCCACGCCACUGACCCGAUAUGCCUCUUCUGCAAACUUCCUCAUGUUUCCACUGACCAUCCUGAUAACGAGGAGAUCUUUCCCAUCUUAAAAGAAAGUCAUCAUUUUUUUAAUUCUAAAAAAACCAAACGGAAACCUCUUAAUAUGUCGAUUAACAAUAGAGUUGUCCUACCUGUUGAUUCAUCUUAUUCUCCUCCUAAUGGCAGUUAUUUAAAUAAUAUCUCUAACCAACACAACCCCAAAGAGAAUAACCCAAACGAUCUUUCUUGGGUACAUACCUUAUCCCUAAAAUUAUCCGAAACUCUAAUUAACUCUAUCUCCUUAUCCUCUCCUUUCUCUUCCUCUUCCCUCCAAUCACUAAUUGAAUCAUCUCUAUUUUCCUUACUAGCUAUAACUAAUUUUAAACAUUUAUCCUAA